AUGCCACAACCCGAAUUUAUCCAGGAAAGACUCAAAAGUUUGGACACAAUCGAUGAUCUUUUGGUUUCGACACUUCUACAUGCUUCACAAGUCGUGGGGACAAUGGAAGAACUGAAAAGAGGGAAUGACACGAUGAAAACGCAGUUUGAAAACCAUACACGCAGUUUUUACUCCAGCUUGGAGCAUGCAACGGUCGCACUGCGACGGGAAAUCAAGCAUCUUGACGAUAACGUGGGAACCCGUCUUUUGCCCAUAAAUGUGAACAAAAAGGCUACAGGACAAGACAACGACAAGCUGCGGGACCAGUUUGAGGUCUUGGAGCGGGAAUUGAGGGGUCAUGGAAACUAG